AUGGGAUCUCAGGACAUCAGCAUGAAAAUUGGGAACGAGCUGCUGCCAGCCUGCCUCCAUCGCCAGCGCCAGCCCCAUCCGCCGGCCUCAGAGGGGACGCAGAGCUCAGGGACGAGCAUCCCUCCGAAACCGCGGCUUCGGACCGCCAAAGGCGGCCGCGAGUUCUCCAGAAAGAAACCUUCGUGCAACGUGGACGUUGCCCAGGCUGCCCCGAACGUCUGGCCUCGGGGAAAGCGGCUUGCUGAGCUGUCGAAGCGCCUCGGUCUGCGCCGCGUCGGGUAUGGCAGCCUGGAGAACAUCAAGCAGCUGACAAGGGGCCGGCCGGAGACGCUCCACUUUGACAGCAAAGGUGUGGUGGAGGAGCACUUCUAGAAAGUCGGUGUUCCCACCGCGACCAUCCGACUGCCAUUCUACUUCGAGAACUUGCUCUCCGUCUUCAAGCCGCGGAAGGUCACACAGAGAGACACCUUUGUCCUGGGGAAGACAAGGUCCUCGCUGCCCGUGGGGGACACCCCCAUGGAUGGGAUGGCGGUGGAGGACAUUGGGCCUCUUCUGCUUUGCCUGCUGAAGUCCCCGGAGGAGUACAUAAGCCAAGGGAUCGCGCUGAGCACUGGCAAGCUCACUGAGGCAGAGUACGCCACUGUCCUCUCCCAGCAGACGGGCAAGACCGUGGACGCCAGCAAGAUCUCACCAGAGUAGUACGAGAAACAUGGCUCUGCUGGGACCAAGGCAAUGGCCACUAUGUUCUGCUUCUGUACCCUGAAGCCGAGGAGGUGAGCCGCGCUGAGCCACACUGCCUUCCCACGAGCGCCCUGGUGA